AUGGAAACUACAGUGAUUAGCACUACGGUGACAACAACGGUACCGAUCCUGGUGUCUCCUCCGAAGCAAGAACGUUUUCGUAAUGGUGGAAAUAAUAACAACAACAAUGGUGGCCGCGGUUCUUAUCGACGUUACAGUCGGUCGCGAUCAAGAUCAAGAGAACGCGGUCGAGAUCAAAACUAUCGCAUGAAUAGACGUAAUUCACGUUCAAGAUCACGUGAACGUGGUGGCGGCGGUGGUGGCUACAGAUAUGACAAUAAUAACGACAAUGAUUUGUAUCGUGAUAUUAUCAAUCAAGACUAUCAGGAUGAUAGAAAUUCGGGUAAUAAUUCACGCGGUAAUAGUAAAUUUCGUUCACGUGGCAAUGAAGAUGAUUAUUAUGAUGAUGGUGGUGAUGAGCGUUAUUACAAUGAUAGAUCAAGAGGAAAUCGUGAUCGUGAUUAUGACAAUCGCGAUAGAAGAGACCGUGAUGGAGGAGAUAGGGAUAAUAAAAAUUAUGGUGGAUCUCGAGGUGGUAACGGCAACAAUAAUAAUCGCCGUUAUAACACCGAUGAUCGCGACAGCGAUGACAGUGAUGAGACCAUGAGUGCUCAAUAUUAUAGCAGUCAAAAUCAAAAACCCUCAAGUACAAUUAUUGCAUUUGGUCUGCAGCCACAUAUCACCGAGGCAGAUAUCAUGAGCUUAUUGAUUAAGGCAGAAAUGGCCCCAGCCGCUAUACGUCUGAUACGUAAACGUACAACAGGUAGGUUUCAUUAUCAACGAUAUAUGUUUUUUUGA